CUGAACUGAAGUUCAGGAUUUUGGCCAUUAUGCUGCUCUCUGCACAUCUGCUGAAGUACAACUUUUCAGUUAAUUAAAAUUCCAGAGAUUUGUAGAGGAGAGUUCAGCUGUAGAAGAGCUUGGGUUGCUAAAAGGCAGACUGCACUGAACAAAGGAGCACAGGUGUGUGAAGAAAAAGGUGUGAGGACCUCGGGAGCAGGAUGGACUUGGUCUGCGUGAAGAAUUGGAGAGUUACAGUGCCAGGAAAGGCUUUGUGUAAAGGAGGAACAGCAAAAACCAGUGAUGGGUAAAGUAGAGUUGAACUGUUGAAGGCAGAAGGUGCUGGAUGUUUGCCCUAUCAAAAAAGAUGUAACCCAGACAGCUGGGAUGGCUGGUUUUGGGAGGCUUCCUGAAGAGAAGGUAGAAUUGUGACAGGGUAGAUCAGUUAGUUAGUGCUGGUUGAUGGUUAAUGCCUUGAGGCCAUGGGAUUACCAAUGCUUGUGCCAUAACCCACAAAUGACACUUUGAUGGUCCGAAUGGGUGUCCAGGAAUGGUGGCAUUGGAGAAAUGCAGUAAUUUCCCAUUGUAUACUCUUGUAAUGCCUUUGGUUUUGCAGAAAGAGUUUUGGAGAGGCUUACAGACUGCAGGGAGGUCUGGUGAAGGAACAGUGGUCAAAGAAGUUAGAAGAAUUUCUAAGUUCAAUUAUGAUUUUACAAAACUAAAACAAACAGGCUUCAGAGAAAAAAAAAUGCCAGAAAAUGUGCUUUUACCAUUGAUCAAAAUCUCAAAGGAAUGAAGUAAAUUAUCUGUGGGAAAUGUUUCAGUUACUUUAAAAACUGCUUUAUGGAAUUGGCUGCUGUAGUUGGACAUGAAUUUGAACUUACACAGUUGCUACUAAAUACCUGAAGUUUAAACUUCAUUUAAUUUUGGAUUCUGUCUUGCUAUUUGGCAAAUAGUAGAAAUAUUAGAAGAAAUCUGUACUGAGGAGGGAAUGUAGAGACCUUGAACUUGGGAAACCAGAAUCAAAGCAGGAAACAGCAGGACAAUCACAGUGCACAAGGCCCGAGUCAAGAUAAGAAGAGAAGGACGGUAAACUUGACCACAUAAUAAACUCCAAAUGUUUCUUCCACAGCCAGAAUGAUAAUUACUCUUUCAGUAUAAAAAAAAUUCUCCCAUAGAGAGCUAGGCUACAUAUGGUAGUUGCAAGUGUUUUGUACAUAUAAUUCCCAGUUAACAGGACUGUGGCUGGCUGAUACUGUCUUAUCAAAAGGUCAUUUCUGUUCCCAUGAGGUUGACUGUAGCUUCCAGUGCAAUCCAGACCCUGCAAGCCAGAGCAGAGUGGAGUAUCUGGCUGGUUUCCCCAAGGUCAGCCAGCUGAAAAAGAGAGUGGAGCUGCCUCCUGGCUGGGUUCCCAAGGCCGGCUGGCUGAAGAGGAAAGUACAAGUGGGAAAGUGAAGUUGCAUCAGCUCCUCCAAUGUAACAGAUUAUCUAAGAGUUUAAGCCUCCCCCAAGGCCUUGAAAUAAUUGUGAUUUGCCAUAUUUGAUGGUGGCCAAAUCAUGACCUUGCUAUGUUCUGGGAGGGUGAAUAAGUGAAUGUAAGAAGCCUCCUUGUUUAUUGGGAUGAACUCUUUGUGUUACAGCAAUAAUAGUGGUGGCUUCUCCUCUUUUCUGUGCAAGCAAAGUGUGUACAAACUCCAGGUAUUACUCAUUCCUCUCCUCUCUCUAAUGCACUGUUGAGCUGUGCUGAGGAAACUGGAUACCAUUUAAUUUCUUCUGCAGAGAAGAGAAGCAGCAGAGACCGAAUCAUUUUCUGCCCAGCUUCAUUGUCAAAAGGCCUUCACUACUAGUGAGAUCUCCUUAAGCAGCUGCUGGGGUUGCCAAAUAAUCCAGAGCCCCAAGAGAAAAGAGGAUAUGCUACAAAUUAUGGUGUGGGAGCCCAGUGCCACCACUACUAUCAGAGAAAAGCAGUACCUCAACUCCCUUUCCAAGAGCACUGAAGAGCAGGAGUCUGACCAAAUGCAAAUAUUUAAAUCAACGCUUAGUGGUGCAGUAGAAUGUCCUGCUCAAUAAACUGACAACCAAAGAACUAUCAGGAGCAAUCCAUGCUGAGCAACCUGAAAACUGCACAUUUUGACGCUCCUUUUAACAGCUUGCAGCAAAUUUCUAGAUGAAAUUUAUUAUUUUCCAGAAGGAAGAACAAUUUCAAAAUGAUGAGACUUAACCUCAGCUGAUCAGGUUUUAUUAAAUUUCGAAUUCAACAUUAUGAAAUGUACCCUCUACAGGUCUACAUUGGGCACAGUCAUGCCUAAUAAAAGUGAAGAAUUGCUAGAGAUAUUAUCUUUACAAGACAUUUUCAUUAGGAAAGAAAUUCUUCUCCUUCAGAACAAAAUGGGAACUAUUGUUCGACGGCACCAGAUUCCACUUCCACCUCCUCAUGAGGAUCAAUUCUAUACUGCAUAUGAUUUCAAUAUCAACACAGAAGUAACCUUUUAUGGCCGAAGAUAUAAGAUUAUAGAUUGUGACCUGUACACAAAAAAUUUCCUGAGGAAGAUAGGGAUCAGAUUAAAUCCUCCUGCGUGCCGUCCAGACGACCCAUACACCACAGAGCGGGAACAGAGGCACCUGGCGAGCACAAAUCCUUUCCACCCUUAUGAGCGCUUUGACACUUUGAAACAAUUUCUGGAGUUUGAUGGACAAGUUUUAGGGUUUUCUUGUGUGUGGAAUGACCCAGAAUCGCAGCUUUCUGGUCCACGGGAACUUGUUCUUCGUUAUUAUUUGUCUGAUGAUACUAUUGACAUAAGAGAAGUUUUGCCAGACAACUCAGGCCGGGAUGUAGUUCCAUUAUUCCUCAAAAGAGAUAAGCUUCCAAAGAAUGCUCCCAUUCCUCUGUAUCGUCCGGGCACCAUCACCAAUUACACUCUGCUCAAUGUGCUGGGAAAGCCAGAAAAGGACAAGGGCUAUUACAUUCGGGAUGUUCUGCAGACAGGAGCAGUGCAUCAGGAAUUUUACAAAGACAGUGACUUGAAAAUAGGGGCAGUAAUUAAUGUUUGGGGAAGGCAGAUAUUACUCUGUGAUUGUGACGAAUUCACUAAAGAACAUUAUAGGAAAAAGUAUGGAAUAGUGGAUUUCACCCCAAUUCAGUAUAAGACUCCACCACCUCCAAAACCACAAAAAAUUGUUCCUCCUUAUAAUGGAUUUGGUUCUGAAGAAGAUUCUUUGUCCUCGUGUAAGGGCGUGGUUAUCGAGCCUGCCCAUAAGGAUUACAGGCAAUUCCUGAUGAAAGACAGAUAUGGCAUGGAUAGUAACAUACUGCGCUACGGGGCGAAGCUCAUCACGGACAGUGCUAUUGACAAGGACCGUAAAUUCAUCAUUUCCUUCUUCCUGUGUGAUGACACCAUUUCCGUUUUCGAACAUACAGAGAGAAACUCAGGGAUAGCUGGUGGAAAGUUCCUGGAAAGAGGUCGCAUUAAGAAGCCUGGGCAGGAACUCUUUAAGAGUGAGCCAUCUGAAUACUACAAGGCUCAGGAUCUGUUUGUUGGAGCCAGAGUUUGUUUCCAUGGUCACAACUUUCUUUUGGUGGAUGCUGAUGAAUACACAUUCAACUACAUGGAGAAGAAUGCAAAUGAGUUCCCCAUGGCUGAUAUUUCUGUCAUCCUCAACAAACUGAAGAGCAUGACUGAAUCUUGUGCCAAAGAAAUCAGAAAGACAUUUGCUGCUACUGACCCUGGGCAUACCAAUGUGAUUGGGUAUGACACUUUCAGAAAUUGGAUCGUCAGUGUCGCUGGUGGAGGAUUUUCAGAACAUGAAAUUAUAACUCUUGGGCGUCACUAUGGCGUGAGAGAUGACAGUCAAACAGACCUGUGCCUUCUCCUAUCACUGGCUCAAGAAAAACUGAAGAAAAAUACCUUUGAAUAUUUUGAACAACUGAUGGCAGUGUUUUUGUACAACGACCGAGACAAGUCUGGAAUGUUGCCCUAUGAGACUUGCAGGACUAUUUUCAAAUCCUUUAAGUUGCCACUUCCUGAUGAUCUUCUAGAAACUUUACUGACCAGGUUUGAAGAUAACCAAAAGCAAAUAGACUAUAGAAUACUUAUUCAUGGACUGAACUGGAGAGAGAAUCAAGUCCGUACUUUUGUGGAGGUAAAGGAGCCACCCAAGAGGGAAGAUAUCUGGAACCAGCUACCACGAUCCCCUCCCGUGACUGGGAUCAGAUACCCUGCUCUUCUGGAUGAUCUGUUUGGCAAGGAAGAAUAAUCUCAUCUGAUUUAAGAUUGGUGCUUCAGCUCUGAAGAUUAUUUAGAGAGAUACAGAAAACAUUUCUUGUAAAAUAAGAAAAAAUCAGAUACAGGCUUUAUUGCAUUCAAUUUCUUGUUCCAACAGAGAUGAGAUGUAUACUUGUGUAUUUUUGGAACUCUUUCUAAAUCAACAGCACUCUGUCAUACUUAUACAAGCAUAAUUAAAACUAGAUCCUCUAAUCUCCGUCUGGUUGCAUGGAGAAUUUGCGAGUAUUGAGAAAUCUUUGAGUCAAACAGUGCAAAAUCUGACUGACCCUGCUUUGUUCUGCAAACAAACGUGGUUGGAUGACCUCUUAAA